GUGUUCGUACUUCUUAUCGCUCUCUAAUACGGAAAGAGAGUGAGACAGACGGGUCAAACCCUUUUGCUCUUUUUUAUGUAAUAAUAUUUCCUCCAUUUAGUUUUACAGAGAGGACCAGGAACCCUGGCGAUAAUUUUCCCCACAUUUUUACUUUGAAUUCUGGGUAUCCGGUUCCAUUGAUUCGAAGGUUAGAUUUUCUUUCCAGGCUGAUUGAUUGUUGGAUUUUUGGCCUUCUUCAUUUAAUUCUUGCAUUUUUUGCAGAAACCAUACUGUUUGAAUUGAUUUUGAAGUUUUGUAUUUGAGGAGAGCUAAGCCUGAGAUGAGGGGUAUUUUACGAGUAAUUAGCCAGUCUAGGCAUUCAUCUAGGGCUCUACAAGGUGAUGCUUUGGGGAAUUCACUUAGGAGAAGUCAUCAUAGAUGGACACUAGUUAGAGGGAUAAGUGGUUCUGGUUUCAUGUUGCCCUCUAAUAAUCUCCAUCUUGAUAUGGAUAAUGGAUUUUGCAUGAAGUAUUUGAUGAAUUCGAGGACAUUGUUCUCAUCUGUUGCCAAAGAUACAUCUGGGGAUGUGAGAAUGGGGCCUCUUAUGGAGUAUGAGAGAAGAAUCGCUUCUGGGGAUCUCGUGGAUGGUGAUGCCUUCCAGAUUAAUACUAUCAAAGUUCUUCAGAGACUCUAUGACGAGCUUGUACAACACGCUGAUACAUGUGGGCUCAGUCGAGUUACAUCUUCUGAGAAACCUGGAAGGGGAGGGUGGUUUUGGUCUCGUUUCAUGCCACAAUCUUCAGUUUCCCCUGUUAAAGGGUUAUAUUUAUACGGUGGAGUGGGUACAGGCAAAACAAUGCUGAUGGACUUGUUUUACGAUCAAGUUCCUGAAUACUGGAAGAAACAGAGAAUACAUUUUCAUGACUUCAUGCUCAAUGUUCACAGUCGCCUACAAAAGCAUAAAGGUGUUGAGGAUCCACUUGAUGUUGUUGCUGGUGAGAUAUCAGAUGAGUCGGUUUUAUUAUGUCUUGAUGAGUUCAUGGUGACUGAUGUGGCUGAUGCUUUGAUUUUGAAUCGUCUUUUCGGGCACCUUUUCAGGAAAGGCGUUAUGCUUGUUGCCACUUCAAAUCGUGCUCCUGAUAACCUUUAUGAAGGUGGCUUACAGAGAGACCUUUUUCUACCCUUUAUCUUCACUUUAAAGGAAAGAUGUGUUGUUCAUGAAAUUGGUUCUUCAACAGACUACCGGAAAAUGACUUCAGCUAGGGAAGGAUUCUGCUUUGUCGGUUUUGAGAAAUCUGGACUUCUUAAGGAAAAAUUUGAAGAAUUGAUAGGAGAUCAUGUGCCAGGUCCAAAAGAAGUGGAAGUCGUUAUGGGACGCAAAUUACAGGUCCCUUUAGGAGCUAAUGGGUGUGCAUAUUUUGCUUUUGAAGACCUUUGUGAUAGGCCUUUGGGCGCUGCAGACUACUUUGGAUUGUUCAAGCAUUUCCACACGUUGGCUCUGGAAGGUGUACCUGUAUUUGGACUCCACAAUAGGACAGCUGCUUAUCGCUUUGUUACCUUGGUUGAUGUGAUGUAUGAUAAUAAGGCGCGACUAUUAUAUACAGCCGAAGGUUCUCCAAUGGAUCUUUUUGAGAGAAUUGUUACAGUGCCUGAUGCCCAGAAGAUGGCACCUAGAACAUCUUCAAGAUCACGGAAAAAUGACGAUCUUGACCUUUGUGUGGAUAAUGAACUAGGGUUUGCAAAGGACCGUACUAUCAGCAGGUUAACGGAGAUAAAUAGUAGGGAGUAUUUGGAACAACAUGCUGAGCUUUUGCAAGAGAAGUCGGAAAAAGAAGACCCUUCUAAUCAACUUGGUGACUCCCUAAAGGAGAAUUUCGACAUUGUGCAGGCUUGAGAGAGAGAGAGAACAUGCAAGCCAAAUGGAGGGGAAGCUGAAGUAGCUGAUUAUUUCUAACAUUAGGCUUAAUCCACGAUAAUGUAGAUUUGUGGUGCUAAUAAUGUUUGUGCAUGGGUUAGGAUGAGCCAAGAUGUGCAUGAGCGAUAAGAACUUUUGUAAAGUUCUAAGUUCCCCCUGCCUUUGGCUUAGAUGUGAGCUCUCCUGUGAAAAUAAUAUUCAUGAAAAUAAUAUUCAUAAAAUAUGAUUAAUUAAUUUAAAUAAAAAAAUGUUUUGCAAG